AUGGCCUGCGCGACUGCGCUGCGAUGUGUGCAGUUUUAUCGUCUCCCGCAGGCCACGGAAAGCGCUGCGGCUGGAGAUGACAAGCCCCUGGUGAAUGUACUGGUGCGCGUCUCAGACGAUGUGGCAGACCCGACGACAGGUCUUGGUGCAGGGGCUGAAUCGAGGAAGACUAGCACGGCAAGCGCUGCCGUCACCUCAUCUAUCCUGGCAAGCGCUAGUGCUGCCUCAACCGCCGCUCGAGAGAAGGACUGCGUCAUCGCGACGGCCUGGAGUUGGUUCCUUAAGCCGUUGCUGAAUACGCGGAGCGGUGGCACUGCGCCUUUCUCUUCCUCAGCAACGGUGACAGGCGCGGGAUUUUGGUCUGCGCGACCGGGUGCGGGGUCCCUCAGUCCUACCCAUGCAGCGACUGGCAAUUCCGGCAACUCUCUCGUGGACGACGUGGAGGUGAUUUAUUUAGUUGACUACGGCGCAAACUGCGACGAGGCUGGAGUUCGAACGGCGCUGCUCUGGUUGCUUGAGCACAAUAAGCAGGUUGUUGUCGAGUGCGCACUGUCGGCAGAGACGUUAGCCACAUGUGCAGCCGCAGCCGCUGCUGUGACGCGUGGCAAGCCGGAGAUGAAGCGACUCUUUCUCUACCGCGGCGGCGGCUGCCGUCGUGGGUGGUCUGCAGCGGCGGUGGCACAGCUGCGCAAGUCGCUUGGCGUGCGGCGUGCCACAGGCCGGAGAGGUGGCACAGCGUCGCCGGCCUCGAACCCUGCGAAUGCUGUGCUGGGCGGUAGAAGCGUCUUCACGAGGUUGUCUACCAAUACGGUGAUGCCGGCAUUCGACAGUAAUGGCGGUUUCUCUGUGUUCGACCUUAUGGGCUCGACCUUUGGUAGCACGCUCAAAGAUGCUGAGGGGUUUAGCGGUGGAGCCACGGGGAAGGGGAGCUCGUUUGCCUCUGAGAGGAGCUUAGUUACCGCUACACCGACCGCUACCGCGAUUGACACGCCGGGUGCGCCGGCGUCAAAGCCGAAGGGGGGUCUAAAGAAAGGGCCUCUGGUGCCUGCCCCAACCUCCAUCGCCGUGGAUGCGGCGGCGGGUGUCGUUGGCGCAGUGCGUCACAUCUGUAUGGUAGCGAUUGGCCGCGGAAGUCUUUUCUCAGACGGCUCGGCGGCGGCCGCGUCGCUUGGCAUUAUGGCUAGUCUCGGCUGGGAUGCCGUAGCGGUUGUACUGCACCUGCUCGACUGGACGUGCCCUGAUAUGGUAGUUGGUCGUGUGCUCCGCCGUGCCCCCGACACGCGCCAGCCUCUCUGCGUGCAGGCGGAGAUGUACUAUGGCAUUGAGGGGACCGCCAAGGAAAGUGGCGAGGGAGUAGAGUCGGUAGCAGGCAGUGUCGCAUCAACGCGCCCAGCCUAUCUCUGUGUUUCUCUCCAUAUAGCCGACUCCGGCAGCGGCAACCUUUCCCCAAUCGAUGAAGAGAAAGGUGAUUUGUAUGUCUUCCAGCAGUCACUGCGCAUCGUCGGCACCAAGGCAGUUCUCGCUGUAGGCAAUCCCCUCCUUCCUGCUGCUUCCACUUCAAACGCGGCGUCUCCACCGUCACCCAUGACGACGCCAACAGCGGUCCCCGCUGCCGGCGGCUCUCCUACGUUUGCCGUCACAACAGCCUUGCUAGCGCCAUCUUUCGCCUCCUCAACCGCCACCACAGCGGUGGCUUCGGGUACUUCCGCGAUGGCGACGGCUCCGAAGGUAUCGCACAGCUAUCGACUGGCCACUCAAGAUGUGUCCACCGUGUCAGGGCAACGUGAACGCCACGAAGAAGAGGUGACUGUUGGCAACGCUGAGCCAUGUGCCGAGUUUCGCACCUGGCAGCAUGUUCGCUCGCAGUUGAACGUGACAGCUACGUUAGCGUCGCCGAGCAGCAGGGCUGGACCGGGUACCUAUCAGCCAUACAAUUCCUACUACACGAAUCGUGGUGGAGGCGUAGGGCUCGGUGCUGGAGGAGGGUACUACAACCGAGGCCGAGGUAUGCGUGGGCGUGGCACUGGCUUUGGUGGUGGUCUCAGCCCCGGGUCUACCGUGGCAUCGGGGCUGUCUGUUUCGGCCGAAGUGGUGGAUGCUGAGGUGGCCGCGUUGGAUGUGCAGCGCGCGUGGCUUGUGCAGAUCGUCGUGGAGCUUAUUUUGGCUUCCGCAGCAAAACUGUCGCCGUGA